CUCCAUAUUCCAUAUCCAGCAAACAUCAUGGAUCCCUCUUUCACUCCAGUGGAACUGUCCUUCCCUUUACCUAAGCAUCCGCACCUCAAUCUGCAUGCUCACCUCAGCUUUCUCCGACACUGCGCCAUGGUCCACCUAACCACAACUGAUAUUGCCGAAUCUCAAAAUUCUUCGCCUCCGCUGGGAAGUUUCGUGUAUGCCAUGCCCGAUAGGUCCAAUGGACCUAAUGUAAUUAGUACGGCUUUAGCGACCUCGGUCUCGAGCAUUGACUAUGCGAGUAGAUUGGCCAAAAUUCUGGCUCGCAGACUGCAGCUGCCGGUGUAUGUCGGCUGCAGCAUGAACUUUGCUGGCACAACAGCCGAAGAAGAGCUGGAAGGGCUAACUCUUACGAUCGAGCAGAUACUGAAUGAGUGGAGCCGCAAAUCU